AUGGGCAAAGCAAAAAAACGUGGUCAUCCUUUAUCUGAAUUUGUAAAAAUUUAUCCUGAAAAGCUUAAUAGUUUCAAUCAUCUGUGUCGAUGUAUUUACUGUAUUGCUGUACUUGGAGAGGAAGAUUCAGAUAAUCAAAAAUUUACAAAUAGUGCUAAAUGUGUUAAAUCACAUUUAAAUCAAUCAACUAAUGCAGGAAGCUCACUUAAAAAACAUACCUUAAUUUCAAAGAGAAAUAAAGUUAAACUAUUGAAUCAAUUUAUAGCUCAUAAUAUGAGUAAUCAAGAAAAACAAAACUUUAAUAAGCUUUGGUUACAUGCUAUAAUAUCAGCAGGAAUGGCAUUUUGUGCAAGUGAAAAUCCUGAAUUGCAAGCAGUAUUUACUUUUUUAAAUCCAACAAUUAAACUUCCUACUCGUCAAAAUCUUAGUAGAACAAUCUUGAAUAAUGCUACAACAUAUAUUCAAAAUGAGAUAAUUAAAAAGGUAACUGAAGAAGAAAUUAUAGUUACACUAUCAAUGGAUGAAGUUUGUAAUGAUAUCAAGUCUAAUAAUAUUAAAAUUGCUUGUAUUGUUACUGAUAGUGCUGCAGCUUAUGCUGCAGCAAG